AUGAGGCUUUCGAGACAUUCAAAGCUUAAAUCAAUCAGAAAAAGAUUAGAAUUGACUCCUCCUCCUCUCUGGAAAAUAAUCCAUAAAGACAAAUUUUUUAAUUCAGAAGUUUACUAUCUAUAUGCAGGGGAGAGAGGAGGAGCCAAUUCUGAUCGUUUUCUGACUGAUUUAGACUUUGAAUGUCUCGAAAACAUUCAACUCAACAAAUACAAUACCAUCAAAUCGAAACAAGGCAUCAGUGGCCCUUGUCGAUCUGACCAGAUAUGUAUUUGUACAAGCAAUAACAAAAUCAAAAUCAAAAUCAAAAUUGAACAAAGCCUGUCAGACUUAUGA